AUGCAAGACGUCUACGACGACGCCAACCCCGUGUGCCGCGAAGCGCGGCGCACUGCGCGGGCGGCAUGCGAGAUGCUCAUCGGAUAUGCACGGGCCACCCGCAUCACGCCGCGCGAUUUGUGCCAUCUGUUCGAUAUCCGCAACCCCAUCAUAAUCGCGCGGAUGGAGCGGGUGAGCCCGUCGUUCAACCUCAACGUGGCGCCUAAGCCAGUACCCUCUCCGGGCGCAACUCCCACGCCCGAGACCCCUCGUCCGCGCGGCCGUGUGCUUCUCGGCUUGAUGACCCGUCCGUGUCGCCGUCAGGAGCUGCUUGACGCCGGUGUGGGCGCCGUGAUGGACGGGUAUGUGGACGCGGCUGAGUGGAUGCGUCUACAUGCGAGCGGGCGUGCAGACGGGCAUGAUUUAUGGCGGGCUCAGCGGAACUGGAGCGCGCAAGCAGGCGGAGGCUUGGCAGCGCGGGAAGAAUUCUCCGCGCGCCGGUGGGAUGCGCGGGAAGGCGCGGAUUGGCGCAAUAGUGACGCGCGGACGGAUCCCCGAGCGCAAGGCGGCGGUGGGGAGGGCGGCAGCGGGAGGUGGCGGGGAGGGAGCGAGAGCAGCGCGAGUGUGGAGGGCGCGGGGGGGCCGCAUGCGGGCGCCAUGAUUCUCCCGCGGGGCAGCAGCACUGUUAGCACGAGCACGGGCAGUGGUGUGACGAGCAGCAUGCGUGGUGGCGGUGGCGGUGGGGCCAGCAGCGCGCACCUUAGUCACCUGGACGCCGCUCUCGUGUCUCUCAUCGGCCCCGCUGCUGCUGCGGCGUUCGCUGCUGAUGUGCACGCCAUGGGCUGGCCUGCUGCGCUGCGCUCCCCUGGGCCCGUUGCUGUGCAUGGUGGCGCUGGGUAUGAUGGAGGGGAGGGAGUGGAGAGUGACGCUGGCUCGUCCAUUGCUGCUGCUUCUGCUGCUGCCGCCGCCCAUCUACCCUCCGACACCACUGGAACUACCACCGACAGUGGCAGUAACAGUAACAGCAGAGCUGCUGGUAGCAGCGGGGUUAGCAACAGAGGCAGCAGCGGCAGGGGCGGCGGUCAGAGGCCCAGCAGUCGCAGGCCGUCAGCUCAGAUCCGCAUAGACCGCAUUCCACUGGACACGUCCGCGGAGACCGUGGCAGCGUUCGUGCGCGACACACUGCACGUGACCGUGGACCGCGUGAAGAUCAAGGGGUACACGCGCAUCCGCGCCCUGCCCGCUGGCAGAGCCACAGCAGCAGGCGCAGGGGUCGCCGGAGGUGCAGCAGCAGGCGCAGCAGGGGCAGCAGCAGGCGCAGGGGAGGGAGCAGUGGUGGGGGGGACGCGGUACCGUGAGGAGUGGGUGUCAGCAGGGUAUGGAUACGCGGAUUUCCUGACAGCAGAGGUGGCGGAGUUUGUGAUGGCGAGGGAGGAGGCGCUGGUGCUCAAGGGGCAGCAGCUGGGGCUGCAGCGCACCAUAGAGCAGAGGAGAGCACCCGAGGGGCUGCUAUUCCACUCCACCGUGCACCUCGGGUUUGUCCACCAGCCCGGCCAGCUCGCGCUGACAUGGCGCUCCAAGCCCGAGAGCUGCCGGGUCGAGUUUGACUUUUUGGAGAGGCGUGUGCGGGUCGUGGUGCAGGAGAGGGCGGGCGAGCGCGGGAGGGGUGGUGCGGGGUGGGAAAGGCGGGCGGCAGGAGGAGAGGCGGGUGCAAGGGAGGAUGCAGGUGCAUCGUUCCCUGCUACUGCUGCUGGUGCGUGUCUCUCAUCCAUCCCGCUGGCGUUCCAGCGAGUAGAGUACAAGUUAGAGUGGCGCAUGCGGGACGUGCGGCUGUGGGGCAGCAAGGACAGCACGACACGCGGCAUGGAUGGGCCCGGCCUCACCUCCUCGCUGCUGCUUCUGCUCUUCGUGCCGCCCGCCGUGUUCUCGCGGGCGUGUGACGACGACGUGUGGCAGCUGGAGCCCGACAGCUGGUUCCCUGAUGUCGGCGACCCAUGGACCCGCACCACCGAUGAAAACUUCUUGCCCGCGGGGGGAAGGGUGGGCGCCGGUGCAAGCGUAGCAGCAGACGCGUAUGCAGGCGUGGGGGAUGAUGGAGGAGGGGGGAGUGCUGGUGCGGGGCGGUGGGACGGCGGGGCUGGUAGCAGUGGAAGCGGUGGUGUGAGUGGGAGUGGGUGGAAGGGGCGGGUGUGGAGUGGAGGGGUGUUGGGGGCGGCGUCAGUGAUGCAGGUGUCGGUGCCGGUGCGGCGGGGCAGCCAUGUGCGGCGCAUAGCAGCGCACAUGCGCACCGCAUCACUGCACCUCAGGGCACGCUACCUGGGCGACCCACAGCGCGUGGCCAUCACCGCCCGCUAUGCUGCUGCCCUGCCCAUCCACCUCGCCCCCUUCAUCUCCCUCGACCCCUCAUGUCUCCCCAUUACCACCACCACCACCCCACCUGACAGCACCAACACCAAAACUGCCAGCAGCGGCGGCGGCAGCAGCGGCAGCGGCAGCAGCAGGACUGCGGUGCCUGUUGUGCUCGCCUUCCCAGUGUUGUACUUGCUCACAGCUCUGGUGCAGCAGGGCACCAUCCCCCCCACAGCUGUGACUGCCUCCCUGUACCGCACUCUGGCUUAUGAGCCCGUGCUCGCUGCCGUGGCGGUGCUGAUCGAGUUCUUCCGCUUCUCCCGCCCCGAGUUCCACCCCUCCCGGAAGUUCCGGCAGAUCGCCCGGGCCAUGCGGCACCACGGCAAGCUGCAGGCACGGGAGGGCACUGACAAGGGGCGAGAGACGGGACCAGAGGGGACGGGGGAGCAGCAGAGGGAGAAGGGAGAGGAGCAGAAGGGGCCAGGUGUGGGAAAGCCCGAGCAGCCGCAGCAAGAACAGCAAGCAAGAGAGGAGAAGGCAGGGGAAUUGAGUGAGGGGGAGAGCAGCACGUGGCCAUGGAAGCUGCCAGCGAACCACGUGCUGGUGUUCCGGGUGCUCAUCACACCGCUGGGCGCGCAGUGCUGCAUGCCGGGCGUGGAGCUGACCAACCGCGUGCUCACGCACUACCGCGCCCACGCGCACCGCUUCCUGCGCGUCACCUUCACGGACGAGGGCCUGGAGAACCUGCCCUCCUUCGCCCUCAUGGACGCCGCUGGUAGGCGCGAGGGCGGUGCCGGCCACACCGAUGUGUACCGCCGCAUUCUCUGCCUCGUGGAAGAUGGCUUCAGCCUGUGUGGGCGGCACUACUGCUUCCUGGCGUCAUCAGCAUCGCAGCUGAGGGAGAAGUCAGCGUGGUUCCUGGCCGAGGAUAACAAGCUUGGCCUCUCCGUUGCCUCCGUGCAGGCGUGGAUGGGAACCUUCUCAGCCAUCCGCAACGUGGCCAAGUGCGCCGCCCGCAUGGGGCAGUGCUUCUCCUCGCGCUUCACUUCUCUCCCCCUCCCGCGCGCCCACGUGCGCAAGCUGCCCGACGUCACACGUGGCAGCUUCUGCUUCACGGAUGGCGUGGGUGCCGUGUCACCAGAGGUGGGCAAGGCCCUGGCAGACGCCAUUGCUCCUUACCUUGACAGGCCCGUGGGUCACGGGUGGAGCGAGGAUGACUCUGGGGUGUGUGAUGGGGAGGGUGAUGCGAGUGGUGGUGAGAGUGGGGGAAGCAGUGGAGGUGGUGCCCGGGGUGGUGCUGCGGAGGGUGGUAGUGGGGAUAAGAAGGAGGGUGGUAGUGGGGAUAAGGAGGGUGGUAGUGGGGAUAAGAAGGAGGGUGGUAGUGGGGAUAAGGAGGAGGGUGGUAGUGGGGAUAAGAAGGAGGGUGGUAGUGGGGAUAAGAAGGAGGGUGGUAGUGGGGAUAAGAAGGACGUUGGUAGUGGGGAUAAGAAGGAGGGUGGUAGUGGGAAUGAGGAGAGUGGGAAUGGGAAUGAGAAGGAGACUGGGAGUGGAAGUGCGAAGGAGAGUGGGAGUGGGAAUGAGGAGAGUGGGAGUGGGAAUGAGGAGAGUGGGAGUGGGAAUGAGGAGAGUGGGAGUGGGAAUGAGGAGAGUGGGAGUGGGAAUGAGGAGAGUGGGAGUGGGAAUGAGGAGAGUGGGAGUGGGAAUGCGAAGGAGGGUGGGACGGGGAAUGAGAAAGAGAGUGGGAGUGGGAACAAGAUGGAGAGUGGGAGUGAGAACGAGAAGGACAGUGGGAGUGGGAGUGCGAAGGAGAAUAGGAGCGGGAAUGAGAAGGACAGUGGGAGUGGGAGUGUGAAGGAGAAUGGGAGUGAGAAGGAGAGUGGUAGUGGGAACACGAAGGAUAGUGGGGGUGCAAAUGAGAACGAGAGUGGGAGUGGGGCUGGCAGCAGUGGGACAAAAGGGAAGAAGGGAAGUGCGGUGGAGCAGGGGAGGGCAUUGCUGCGCGCACCAUCGGCGUUUCAGAUCCGGUAUGCGGGGGUGAAGGGGGUCAUCACAGUGUGGCCGCGCUGGGUCAUGCGGCAAGUGGAGCACGAGGCAGAGCUGCACAGGCACGUGGGCGGUAACGGCAGCAACGGCAGCACAAGUGGCGUGCAACAGCGGCAGGUGGUGAAUCUGAUGUUCCGUGAAGGGGAUUACGCGACUGACUCAUGGAUGCAUGCAGGGGAGGGCAGCGGUGACACACAUGCGGAAGCUGCUGCAGUGAAUGAUGCCCGCCCAGGGAUGGCUGCAGAGACUCAAGGGAGUGCAGCAGCAGCAGCAGUGACGCACAUGUGGAUACGGCCAAGCAUGGACAAGUUUGAGUCGCAGCAUGCAGAUGUGGAGGUGGUGAAUUGGACGCGUCCCCUGCCGUGUUUCCUCAACCGCCAGAUCAUCACACUGCUGGCUACCAUGGGAGUGCAAGAUCACGUCUUUCUGCACAUGCAGGACGCCAUGCUACAGCAGUUGGACCGGGCGUUGAGUGAGCGGCAGGCAGCACUGCAGCUGCUGGAGGAGUUGUGUGCGGACGACCUUUACAACGUCGCCAUGACCAUGCUGUCUGCUGGCUUCCACCCCCACCGCGAGCCGCACCUCAAGCGCAUGAUGCGCGCCGUAAGGUCGCUGCAGCUGCAGGGGCUGAUUUCGAAGGCACGCAUAUUCGUGAAGGAUGGCCGGUGGCUCAUGGGCGUGGUGGACGAGACAGGGCUGCUGGAGUAUGGGCAGUGCUUCAUCCGAGUGUGUGACACCACAGCGCCCAUAUCCCCCUCAAACCCCACCUCCUCCUCCGCCGCCGCCGCCUCUUCCUCUGAAGCCCCGAUCCUCUCCCCCACGGUGCACUGCACGGGGCGUGGGCUGGGCGCGCCGCAAGUGAUAACAUGCCCCAUCAUCUUCGGCAAGAACCCCUGCCUGCACCCGGGCGACCUGCGCGUGCUCACAGCCGUGGACGUGCCGUGCCUGCACCACCUGGUCGACUGCCUCGUGCUGCCCAAGAGGGGCCCGCGCCCGCACGCCAACGAGGCGUCGGGCAGUGACAUGGACGGGGACGUGUACUUUGUCACGUGGGACGCGCGCCUCAUGCCACCCUCAGGGCGGAGUGAAGAGCCGAUGGAUUAUCAGCCGGUGAAGAAGGAGGGCAAGGCCGCUGUCACCAUGAAGGACGUGCACCGUUUCUUCGUGGACCACAUGCUGAACGACAGCGUGGGCAUCAUCUGCAACGCGCACGUCGUGCACGCGGACCGCAGCCCCCAGCAGGCGUCGGACCCCGCGUGCGUGCGCCUGGCUCGCGAGGCCGCCAUCGCCUUCGACUUCCCCAAGACGGGCGUGGCGGGGCAGAUGCCGCGCGACCUGCGCGUGCAGGAGUACCCCGACUUCAUGGAGAAGGGCGCCAGUAAGGAGACGUAUGAGUCCGAUAAGGUACUGGGGCGGUUGUACCGCGAGGUGAAGGACACUGCUGUGGUGCAUGAGGAUGAUGACCUGCCUCGCGUGGUGCCGGCUGUGGCGGAGGAGGAGGGCACGGGCAGGGAGGAGAUGGCGCAGGAGCGGAGGGAGCGGGAGGAGGAGGCGGCGCGGCUGGUGAGGGAGGGGAGGGAAGGAAGGGAGGGGGCGGGGGAGGGCAUGGGGUGGGAGGGCGAGGUGGCGGUGCUGGAGGAUGGGCGCACGUGGCUGCGGUGGCCGGGCGUGGAGGAGGUGGGGCGCGCGUACCGAGAGGACCUGCGUGUAGAGGGGUAUGAGCAGCACGUGGUGGAGGCGAGGGCACUCAAGUGGGCGUAUGACCGCUCCAUGCUGCACAUCCUGCACCAGUUUGGCAUCAUGACGGAGGCGGAGGUGGCAUCGGGCAGCAUGCUGCAGGCAGCCCAGCACAGCGGGCGCAAGGACGAUGCGGUGCGCGAGCACGUGCGCAACAUGUACGUCAACCUGCGCCGCCACUACCACCGCCUGCUCGUGUGCAGGGCAGAGAACGGCCGGGGAGAAGACGACGACGAUGACGAUGACAAUAACAGCACUGAUGCCUCUUCCCCUGCUCCUCGCACCAAGCAGCAGCAGCAGCGGCGGCAGCAGCAGAAGGAUCCGCGGCUGCGGGUGACGUCCAAGGUGAACGUGGUGCAGGGUAUCAAGGCCAUGCUGCCGGACACUGCUCCCACCUCCCACAAGCCCAGCGCCGAGGCUGCAGAAGAGCCAACGCGGCUGGACCACGCAACGGUGCGGGCGCGUGCCUUUGCGUGGUACCACGUGUGCUACCACCCCUCCGAGCUGCAGCGCGUGCAGCAGGAGGCACGCGGGUUCGGGCUGAGCGUGGCGCCUGUGUUUCUGAGCUUUGCGUGGAUUGGCGUGGACAUUCUGUGCCAGCACCUGAUUGCUGAUUGA